CCGACGCCAGCACGUUGAGUGGAGGGGGCCGGCUGAAGAACUGCCCGAGAGAGGAGCGGCUCCUGGGGCCGGGCGGCACGGUUGGGGCGCCCACUUUGGGGCCCCCGAGAGGCUGCUGGGCCGGGAGAGCGGCCAGCGGUCACGGGGGGAAGGGGGUGGGUGGGCUGAGAGCAGCUUGGCGGCGAGGCCGGCCCGCCGCCCCUUCCCCCCACCCCCGUCGACCUUGUCGGCAGAAGCUUCCCGGAGCUCCUCACGCCGGCGCGAUGGCGACUGCUGCGGAGGCGGAGGCCUCUCCGCCGACGGACGCGAGCUGGGGAAGUGGCGGCGGCGGCGGCGACGACGAGAUGAAGCAGGCGCUUCCGGAGCUUGAGUCCUCCCCACAAAAUGGCGGCGGUCUCAGCAUCGCGGAGCCCGGCGGCGGCGCCGGGCCUGAGGAGACCACGGCUGCCGAGGCCGCCCCGAGCCUCUGUCACGAGCAGCCUCAGGACUCCUCUGAGGCGGGCGCGGCCGCCCCGCCCAAAGGCCCUGAAGAGCCCGAAAGACCCGUUAGGAGGAGUUUUCAGAUCCCCAGGAAGAGCAGAGAAAAGAAAGCACUUUUUCAGCCAUUAACUCCAGGCUCUCGAGAAUUUGAAGAUGUUUUAAAUAUUCUCCACUCAUCUUACCUUGAACCAACUUCAGUAGCAAAUUUUAACUACAGACGUGCUUGCUUGAUUCAUAAUGAGCUUUUGGAAAAGGAGUUUACAGAAAAGCGAAGAGAACUGAAGUUUGAUGGUCGUUUAGAUAAAGAACUUUCAGAAUCCUAUGCAUUUCUGAUGAUUGAUCGGUAUCAGGUUCAGAGCAUAUGUGAAAAAGGAUUACAGGUGGGCCAGUCCAAAAUAACAAUUCUUGGCAGUCCUUCUAUGGGUGUCUAUCUUUCUAGGUAUGCUGAUUUGUUACAAGCUAAUCCUUUGGAAGCUGGGGCAGUGGGUGAUGUGGUUAUUUUUAAAAUAAUGAAGGGUAAAAUAAAGAGUAUAUAUGACCCCAUGGGUGUAAAAAGUUUGGAGUCUAUGUUAAAUAAGAGUGCUUUGGAUCCAACACCAAAGCAUGAAUGUCACGUGUCGAAGAAUGCCAAUAGAAUUACAUCACUUUUGGCUUACAGAGCUUAUGAGCUGACUCAGUAUUAUUUUUAUGAGUAUGGCUUUGAUGAGCUAAGGCGAAGACCAAGGCACGUGUGUCCAUAUGCAGUUGUGUCUUUUACUUAUAAAGAUGAUGUACAAACGCCGAAGUUCGUACUUUCAUCAAGAUCUAACAGCUUUAAUGCAGAUAGAAACACAGAUAAGUUUAACUACACGUUGUGGAAAGGACAGCUUUUAAAUAAAGGAAAGCUUUUGUGUUAUAUUUCUCUGAGGUCAGCCACUCGUGCUUUUUUGCCUAUCAAGCUUCCUGAGAAGUUAGAUGUUGAAACAGUUAUGAGUAUUGAUCAUCUGAAACAGAAAAUCCCUCCAGCGCUGUUUUAUAAGGAAACUUACUUAGGUCCAAAUGAAGUUUUGAAGAAUGGAAUGUAUUGCAGCCUUUAUGAAGUUGUAGAAAAGACAAGAAUUGGAAGUAACAUGGAAAGUUUGCUGCAAAAACUAGAGAAAGAAAAACUUGUUCUUGUUAAACCUUUGGGAGACCGAGGAUACCUUUUUCUUCUCUCUCCUUGUCAAAUGGUUUCUCCAUAUGAACAUCAUACUGCUAAGUCUCGAGUCUUACAUGCUUUGUUUCUAUUUCAAGAACCUAGAAGCAUAGUUACUUCACAGAAAGGUUCAACCAGUGCAGCACCACAGGAGAGACAUGAAAGCAUGCCAGAUGUAUUAAAAAUAACUCAGUUUUUACAAUUUGCUUUGAUUCAGUGUCGAAAGGAAUUCAAAAAUAUAAACACUAUAAAUUUUCAUUCUGUUGUUGAAAAGUAUGUAAGUGAAUUUUUUAAGCGAGGUUUUGGUUCAGGUAAACGAGAGUUUAUCAUGUUUCCAUAUGAUUCACGAUUAGAUGAUAAAAAAUUCUUAUAUUCAGCUCCAAAAAAUAAAUCCCAUAUUGAUAAUUGUUUGCAUACCUAUAUUUUUCGGCCUGAAAUGUAUCAGCUACCUAUUUAUAAAUUAAAAGAGCUAUUUGAAGAAAAUAGAAAACUUCAACAGUUUAGUCCACUUUCAGACUAUGAAGGCCAAGAAGAAGAAAUGAAUGGUACAAAAAUGAAAUUUGGAAAACGAAAUAGCUCAAGGGGUGAAACUAUUAUACCUGGAAAGCAGAAGUCAUCUCACUCUUUGGAUUAUGAUAAGGAUAAAGUCAAAGAAUUGAUUAAUUUAAUUCAGUGUAGGAAAAAAAAUGUGAGUGGGGACUCAGACACAGAAGAUAUGAGAAGCAAAACUGUCUUGAAGAGGAAGCUUGAGGAUCUACCUGAAAAUAUGAGAAAGCUUGCCAAAACCAGUAAUUUAUCUGAAAAUUGCCACCUGUAUGAAGAGUCUCCACAGCCUGUUGGCUGUCUUGCGCAUGAUGCUGACUUGAGGCGGCAGCAGCAGGAUACCCCUAACUCUGGCAUUGCUGACAUCCAUAGGCUGUUUAAUUGGCUGUCAGAGACACUAGCAAGUGCACGUCAUUCUGAUGCAUCCCUGACAGACACAGUCAACAAGGCCUUAGGAUUCAGUUCUGAUGGUGCCUAUGAAGAAAUGAGGCAAAAGCAUGAAUAUGAGUUGAACUCUACCCUGGAUAAGAAAGAAUAUGAGCAGUCUACUUGUGCAAAAAUUGAAAAUGCACAUUUUAAGGAUACUCAGAGCCCAUUGCUAGAAGUAGAUACUUCAUCUUUAAAGUAUCCUGUUGCUGUUUCUACCAGUGAAGUAGGCACUGACCAUAAACUACAUUUGAAAGAAGAUCUAGAUUUAAUUAGCAUGAAUAAUUUUGAAGAUUGCAGCUUGUGUCCCACUGUUCCCAUUGAACAUGGAUUCCGUAGACAAUCUAAGUCAAAUAAUGUUGAAGAGACUGAAAUACAUUGGAAACUGAUUCCGAUUACAGGAGGGAAUGCAAGGAGCCCAGAAGACCAGCUGGGGAAACAUGGUGAGAAGCAAACACCAGACACACUAAAGGGCACCACUGAGAAUGACGUGUUGACAGGUCAGGUGGUGACAGUGGAGGAGCAGUGUGUGCCAGCAGCAGAACCGCCUGCAAUGAGCGAAACCACAGAAAGGACAGUGUUAGGCGAGUACAAUCUCUUUUCGAGGAAGAUAGAAGAGAUUUUGAAGCAAAAGAAUGUUUCAUAUGUCAGUAGAAUUUCCACACCCAUCUUUUCAACACAAGAGAAGAUGAAACGACUGUCUGAGUUCAUAUAUUCUAAGACUUCCAAAGCUGGUGUACAGGAGUUUGUAGAUGGCUUGCAUGAGAAACUAAAUACUAUUAUUAUCAAAGCAUCAGCCAAGGGUGGGAAUUUGCCACCAAUCAGUCCUAACAAUUCUGGAACUAAGCUAGCAUUGAGCUCUCUGGGAAGGCAUGUCACACCAGUUUCCUCGAGCGACUUCAACAAUAAACACCACCUUGAGCCACUUGGUAGUGAUCCUUUGAAAGACACCAACUCUGAUGAGCAGCAUUCCUCUUCAACUUUGGGUUUAACUGAAGUAGAAGGGAACCAGCCACACCCUGCCACAGAACCAAUGGUGACUUCUGAUCAUACUGUACCUGGUGAUACUGCCCGGGAACCAGUAGAAAAAGAAACAACAAAAUCACCCAGUGAUGUAAACAUUUCUGCUCAACCAGCUCUUUCAGAUUUCAUAAGCCAGUUAGAACCUGAAGUAUUUAACAGUUUGGUUAAAAUCAUGAAAGAUGUCCAGAAAAAUACAGUGAAGUUUUAUAUUCAUGAAGAAGAAGAGAGUGUGCUCUGUAAAGAAAUAAAGGAAUAUCUUAUCAAAUUAGGCAAUACAGUGUGUCAUCCAGAACAGUUUUUGGAAAGAAGAUCAAAAUUAGAUAAACUAUUGAUUAUUAUUCAGAAUGAAGACAUUGCAGGCUUCAUUCACAAGGUACCUGGCUUGGUGACUUUAAAGAAGCUCCCUUGUGUUAGUUUUGCUGGUGUUGAUAGUCUGGACGAUGUUAAAAAUCAUACAUAUAAUGAAUUAUUUGUAUCUGGAGGUUUUAUUGUUUCUGAUGAAUCCAUUCUAAAUCCAGAAGUAAUCACAAUUGAGAACCUUAAGAAUUUCUUGUCAUUCCUCGAAGAACUUAGUACUCCAGAAGGAAAAUGGCAAUGGAAAGUCCACUGUAAAUUUCAGAAAAAACUAAAGGAACUGGGCAGAUUGAAUGCUAAAGCUCUAAGUCUGCUGACGCUUCUGAAUGUCUAUCAGAAGAAACAUCUGGUUGAAAUUUUGUCAUACCACAAUUGUGAUUCACAAACUCGAAAUGCUCCAGAACUGGACUGCCUUAUCAGACUUCAGGCUCAGAACAUACAGCAACGACACAUAGUCUUUUUAACAGAAAAGAGUGUCAAGAUGCAUUCCAGUUAUACCGAUAAUGGAAUAGUGGUUGCAACUGCUGAAGACUUUAUGCAGAACUUUAAAAAUCUUGUGGGCUAUCACAACUCAAUCACAGAAGAAAACCUUCCAUUGCUUGGUGCUAAUGAGAAUCUUGAGUCACAGUCAGAUGCUGUUUUGACAUUAACCCCUUUGGAGCUGGGAGUUGGGAUUUCCCAACAUUAAACGUGAACACAUUUCGCAGAAGCUUUUAGCAUCGGAUUAUCUGGACAUUCACACCUAGUGUGAGUGUUGUGACUAAGUGAACUUGUGGCAGAAGACCAAGCUUUAAGGGAUUGUGGACUUGCAGACCCUGACGCAUUAUAUUGUGUGAGUAGUGUAUAAUUUUAAAACUUAAAUUGUUUAUUUCAAUAGAGUAGGACUUUUUGUUUUUUAAAUGUAGCUCUUUUAGAAAACGAUGAAAAGGAUGAAGAGGAUAUGUCUCUGGAUUCAGGGGAUGAAAUCUCACAAAUAGAAGUAUGCAGCAAUUUUCAUUCAGAAAUAUUGGAGAAAGAGACCAAAGGAUCACGUGGAACAGAUCAAAAAAAGAAUAUUCAAAUUGAAUUGCAAUCGUCUCUUGACUUGCAAAAAAGUUUAUUAGAAGAUAAGACUUAUCAAAUUGAUUCUGAAGAGAGAGCUUCUAUUGAUAUAGUAUGCUCUGAAGGAGAGAACAGUAAUUCAGCUGAACAAGAUUCAUAUAGCAACUUUCAGGUUUAUCACAGUCAAUUAAAUAUGUCCCAUCAGUUUAGUCAUUUUAAUGUUCUCACUCAUCAGACAUUUUUGGGGACACCUUAUGCCCUUUCAUCAAGUCAGUCUCAAGAAAGUGAAAAUUACUUUUUAUCUGCUUAUACUCAAAGCUUGGAUAGAGAUAGAGCUCCAUCUCCAUUAAGCUGGUGGAAAAGUGAUUCUUCCAGGCCAUUUUCAAAAGAGAAAUAAGUAUAGUAACUUUUUUUAAAAAGUAGGUUGUUAUGGACUUUUUCUGUUUCUUAAAAGUGAAUUAACAAUUUAUAUUUCAUUCUCUAAACAAAAGGUUUCUUUUCCUUUCUCAAAUGUUUUUUUCCUCUUAUUUAAAUCAUGAUGGCCUGUAACAGUUGAAGCAUCUGAAAAUUGAAAUAAAUAUAUAUAUUUUUAACAUA